AAAACAUUUUCUUACCUCGAAAAAUUCGAUUGGCCAUCGGAGAAUCGAUAAAAGGGCGCCGGAUCCGUGUGAACCCGAAUAUGCACUUCCUUUGACAUUGAAACGAUUUUUCCGGUGUUUUCAGGCUGUUCUGUAUUACCGAUAGUUCGUUGGAAACAGAUCGUAGCGCCGAUACAUGUGAAAGAAUUAAAAAUGAAAAUAUUAAUAAAUUAUAUGUGUAUAUAUAAGUAAAUUUGAAAAAUCUUUUCAAAUCUUUUUAAUUAUUAAAUUUAAGGACGAUUGAAUGCAGAUAAUUAACACCAUAGUACUUGCGUUGUAUUACAAUUUAGAAUAAAAUAUUACAUCUCAAGUAAUAUCGAUAGCUUAAAUCUUAUUCCAUAGAAACUACUACGUAUAGAGACUCUAUUAAUAAAAUUAACAAAUGCUUAAAAGAAUAUAUUUUUUGUAUUUUAUUGGAAAGGAAAAUAAAUAUCUAUAAAAUUACGAGGUAUCAACAUCUAUCUCUGUCGAUAAGUUAGUUUCCUCUACACAAAAUUUUUUAUAGAAAUUUGAUGAUUCUUGAAAUGCAAUAGGAGAUUGUAUACUUCUUUGAAUAUUUGUUGUAUAUAUAUAUAUAUAUAUAUAUAUAUAUAUGUAUAUGUACAUAGUAAAGUGAACUAAGGAAAUCAAAUCAUUGAAGAAUGAUCAUUUAUUUUUCUAAUUUUCUUUGUGCGAUAUGUGUACAAAUAAUCGAACAAUUACGUCUUUGUAUUUAACAGCGUGACUUUCAUUAAAAUGAAAAAAUAUAUAAAAUAUAUAUAAAACGGUAUAUUUAACUCUCACAAUACAGGCAUUCUUCCUAGACAAUCGCCUUUUUUAUAUCACGGCCUUUUUCUAGAAAUGGCCACAUCAGAGAACACCAAUGAACCUAUUAAGGUGGCAGAAGAAAGUGGAAUUUGUGGUGAUGGUAUAAAAGAAUACUUAGAACCCCGAUUUGAGUGUCCUAUUUGUUUAACUUGGCUACGUGAUCCAGUUCUAACAUCUUGUGGUCAUAAAUUUUGUUCUCGGUGCAUUUACACUUGGCUACAAAGAGAAGGUGCAUGCUGUCCAGUAGACAGUCAACCUUUAAAAUCUGAAAGUGAUCUUUUCAGAGACCUUUAUACCAGCAGAGAGAUAUCUCAACAGCGAACUACUUGUGCAUAUCGUCAGUUUGGCUGUUUAAUAGAAUUAUCACCUGUAGAUAUGGAGACCCAUGUUAAUCAAUGUACAUACAAAAAUUUUUCUACCUCAGAAAGGACUCAAUGUCCUUUUAAAGAUGUUGGUUGUACAGAAAUAUUUUGUACCGAAGAAUCUUCACAUAUUCAUUUGGAAAAAAAUAUUAAUUCACAUUUAACUAUGAUACUAAAUGCACUUCCACGCUUAUCAAUGACCCAAGGCAAUGUCAGUGCUAUAUCCGCAGAAUCUAAGCUAUGGGAUCCACCACCUAAAAAUGGAACAUCAACAUCAGAUAAAGAACCACCACCAGAUUGGCAGCAGUUAUUAAAGAGUUUGUAUGAAAGGAUAGUGGUAUUAGAACAACAAAAUCGAGAACUUUCUAUCACUGUUUCCAAUCAAAAAAAUCAACUUACAGCUUUACAAACUUCAGUACGUUUUACUGAAGAAGAAAUGCUAUUACGUAAUUGUAAUGGUGUUUAUAUCUGGAAAUUAAAUUCUUUCCAAGAAAAGCUUACUUCCAUGAUAAAUGAUCCUUUAAAGAUGUAUUAUAGUCCUGGAUUUUACACUGGACCUAAUGGUUACAAAAUUUGUGCCAGAAUAAAUAUAUCCUCAAAGGAUCCGGAAUUUUUGUCAAUACUUUUACAUAUUAUGAAAUCUGAGAAUGACGAUGCACUAGAUUGGCCUUUCAAUGGUGUUAUGUACUUCGUAUUGAUACAUCCACAUAACUCAGAAAAAGAUAUAAGAGAGAGAACUUGUUCCAGACCAGAUCUUGAAGCUUUUAGAAAGCCUAUCUGUGAAUUAAAUAAACGUAGUUUCGGCUACGUUGAAUUUGUGCGCAUACGAGAUUUACCUGACUUUUUACGAAAAGAUACUUUAACAUUUCGAAUCGAAGUUCGAGCGUACGAUAAAUUUAAGUUACCAUUAGUUUAAGACCAUUUAUUAUACUCAUUAGUAACUUUAUCAAACUUUGUAAAUAAUUAUAAAGAUCUUUUAUGUAUUAUUAAACUGUUAAGAUAUUUUUUAUCAAUUUUAUAUAAAAAAAUCCUGAAAAAAAUCCGUCCAAUUUUUGUACAAAAUUGUUGAAUUAAAAAUAUAUGUAAUAGUAAUAAUGAUGUAACAUAAUAAAAUAAUUGUUUUUUAUAACAGAUCAUACUUAUAUAAUUUAAUAUAAGUAUAUAAUGUAAUAUAAGUAUGAUGGCCACUACGUGUGACCUUUCGUUUUUUAUAAUAUAAAUGUGAUAAUCAUUAUUAAAGUGAAGUCUGAUAAAUACAAUAAUUGUGUUUUUGUUG